AUGUAUACGUGUAACUUUUUCCGCAACAUCCAACAAAAUGUGCUUGAGGUUAUAGAAGAUAAGCUUCGAGUAUAUAGAGCAUUGAAAGUGAAUAUGGAGGUGUUUGGACAAUAUGUGUUACAGAGCAAAGAUGUCGUGGAUAUCAAGUCAUUCGAUACAACCGACACAGUAAUAGAUAUGGGAGUAGAUCUAUCUAAUGUUUACAAGCAAUUCACUGACGAGAUUAUAUCACAGUCAUCCGAGUUUGAAGAAAAGGAUUCUGGAUGGGCCACAAAAACUAUUCUGUUUGCUGAAGUGAAUAUAAAUAAGUUUUCACCAUUUGGAGGAUCAUCUUUCAUCAAGUUGCCACAUUUUAUCGAGAAAAAGAAGGCAAUUAUAAACGUUCAAAAUAAAGAUGAGUAUUGUUUCGCUUGGGCUGUGACAUCUGCUUUGAUGCCAGCUCACGCUCACCCAGCACAGACAUCUUCCUACCUGCACUUCUCUACAAUCCUGAAUGUUAAUGAGGUGGUAAAGUUUGCUUUUUAUCGUGGUGAAACCGCUUCUAAAAAAUUCAUUACGGAAUUAGAAGCAGAUUUGAAAUUUCUUUAUUUCAAAUAUAUGAAGGAUGUAACUCCAAUAAUUCCUUCAACAUCGGAUGAGCAAAAUGAAUUUGAUAUAGCUACAAUCUGCAAUAUUUGUGAGAAAUCAUUUUCAGGAGAAGAUAUAUAA